GCAGCCGCACCACCGUGCCAUCGCUGGAACAAAAAACCCACCCAACUCCCCUGCUCCCGCCUCGGAUCUCCAUUUCUCCAGCGACUGGACAUGAAGAGGACGGUGGCGGCGAGUCCCGCGGUCAGGAAGAAGGCGGCGGAGGCUCCGGCCGCGGCGCCCGCACCCAAGAGGCGCGCGUCCGCCGGAACCGCCAGGCGCAGGCCACGGAAGCGGAUCCGCGAGGAUAAGCUCGUCAGCGACGGGGAUCUCAUCAGCCAUGGCGAUCUCAUCAGCAAACUUCCCGAUGACGUCCUCGGCACCAUCAUCUCCCUCCUUCCCACCAAGGACGGCGCCCGUACGCAGGCCAUCGCCCGAAGAUGGCGUCCCCUCUGGCGCUCCUCGCCUCUCAACCUCGACGCCUCCUACCACCUUCGCCGCGACGAGUUCAAGCGCCUCUCCUUAGUCUCUAGGAUUCUGUCAGACCACCCUGGCCCGGCCCGCUGCUUCGCUUUCCGCUUCAUCCGCCUCCACAAAGCCAAAAAAAGGUUUGCCGAGGAUGCCGCUCAGAUCAAUAGUUGGUUCCACUCCCGAAGCCUCGACAACCUCCAGGAGCUCGAAAUCAGCUUCAGUCUACUUGAAUAUGGAUAUGGGCAGUCUGAGAAGGAGAAGCGCUAUCCGCUGCCACCGUCGGUGCUGCGCUUAGCAUCAACGCUCCACUUGGCCAGGAUUGGCUCCUGUGAUUUCCCAAAGGAGAUCGCACCUUCACUGAAUUUUCCCCUCCUCAGGCAGCUCCACCUAUGGCGCGUUUCCAUCUCCGAGGAUGUCUUCUCUGGGGUGCUGUCUGGCUGCCAUGUCUUGGCGAACUUAUAUCUGUCGGAGAUUCGUGAGGUAGGUAGCCUCCGCAUUUGCUCGCCAACUCUCAGGAUCAUCGUCAUAACUUGUUUGUUUGAAGGCAAAGGAGAAUUGGUCAUUAUGGAGGCCCCUCGCCUUGAAAGGUUGCUGUUACGUCCGCCAGUCUUAGGUAGUGAGAUUAUCCGGGUUGUUAAGGCACCUAAACUGGAGAUGUUGGGCCUUUUGUCUCCCUGCAUCUCAGAAAUAGAAAUUGUUAAUAUUAUCUUUAAGGGAUUGAUCUCAUCCAGCUCGGAAAGCUCAAUACGCACCGUAAAGGUUUUGGCUCUCAAUUUUUCUAGCCCUGCUUUGGAUGCAAUUCUUGACAUCCUUAGAUGCUUCCCCUGCUUGCAAAAGCUCUAUGUCAUUUGGGACAAAUAUGUAAAGGCAGAGAUAAAAAAUGCGCGUCAGUGUGACCCACUAGAUCCAAUCAAAUGCCUUGAUAACCAUCUCAAAGUACUGGUGUUGAAGAAUUACAAAGGUGGUGAGGAAGAUGUUGGCUUCGCCAAGUUCUUUGUUUUGAAUGCGAAAGUAGUAAAGGAAAUCAACUUUGGAGUGUGUAAGGAGAUUGGCAUCGACAAGAGCUGGAUGACUAAUCAACUCAGGCUGCUAGAAGUGGAAACUAGAGCUUCUCAAGACGCUCAAUUGAAAUUUGGAAGUGGUUCUUAUUGUUGGGGUACUUAUUUGGAUACCAAGGACUUGUGCAUUGCCGACCCUUUCAGCUGUUGUUUUGCAGACGGGGUAGAUGCGCUUUCAGAAGCAUAUAUGUGAUCUGUCAAUGGCCACUCCCAUUGGUUGCUUCGUUCGCAAAUUACAUUGAUAUCUGAUGGUUUUGUUAUCUUCCGUCUGAAUGAGAGGAGUAUGGAUGCAAUCUAGUUUAUUCUAGUUUUAGUCAGCAGUGCAUAAUUGCGCUAAUUUUUUGCUAGUUUCAAUCAGCGCUUCCUGCUUGUAUUGAAGAUGGGUCCUUCCUUUUUCACCAGAAGUGUCUGAAUAUUAUUCUGUGAGUUAAUGAUUGUGAAAAGUAAACCAAGUACUGUCACUUUGUAUUGCCAUUGCA